CCCGGAGUUUUCCUGUGAACGAACCAAACACAGGAAGAGAAAAACGAAAUGUUCCAGCGAGCUUUUGUUUAACCCGAUAAUCUGUCUUUCUGUUGUUUUACUGCAUUUCUUCUGCAGUUCACCAUGUCAGACGAGGAAGAGGAUUAUAUGUCUGAUGCGUUUCUCAGUAAAAUUCAAGAUGUGAAGCCAGGUGUCGACAUGGUGCGAAGGGCAAAGGAAGCGAUCAAAAAGGAGGAAAAGCGAAAGGAAAAGAAUAUCCAGAACCGCCAGAAGAGCUACAAGGAGCAGGAGAAGGAAAGCCGAGAAGCAGCUUUACAGAGCUCCAUUAGCAAUCAGAACAAGGGCUUUGCACUUCUUCAAAAGAUGGGUUAUAAAGCUGGCCAAGGUCUUGGGAAAGCGGGUGCAGGGAGGGUUGAUCCAAUUCCUCUAAAUAUAAAAGCAGACAGAGGAGGCAUUGGUCUUGAAGAGCUUAAGAAAAGAAAAGCUGAGGAGGAACUGCACCAUUAUCGGCAGAAAGUGAGAGCCAAACAGCAGAACGAGGCCAAGUCUUUGGAAGAUUUUAGGUCAAGAGUCAGAACAGAGAGAGAAGAGCGAAAGAUUGAAGGAGAUCUGAGGCGGAGUCAGCGAUCUUGCGAGCAGCUUGAUAAUCAGAAGGGCAUAACUGUUCCCAGAGAACCCUGGUACUGGCCCAAAGUUGAAGCUGACGACGAGGAAGAUUCUGAUGACGAAGAGGAGGAAGAGGAAGAAAUUAUAGAACUAAAUUCCUUUGAUAAAUUGCAAAUCAUUACAUCGUACUUACGAGGAGUCCAUUUUUACUGCUUAUGGUGUGGAACUACGUAUAAUGAUGAAGACGACCUGACCUCCAAUUGCCCAGGAGAUACAGCAGCAGACCACGAGUGAUCCAGAUUU